GGAAAGGCGAGAAGGUCCUGCCGCCGCACCUGGCCCGACGCCACCCGGUGGAGCAGCCUUGCGCUUGACUGUGGUGAUGCGAAUCCCUCCGGAUGAGCGAGGCUUCAGGUGAGCCUGUCGAGAAGGCGCUCCGCCAUUCAUGGAAGGCGGCGACGACGACGACGCGGCCGCCGCCGCACUGCUACGACCGUUCAUGACACGUGUUGUCUCGGCUGCCAUGACCGAGGACAGCGCACGUAGGCCAGGAGGUCACGCUCACACCUUGACGCACUGCUCCAACUUGCUCUUCUGUCGACGCGCGCCGUGGUCCCGCACGCCCAGCAGAGAAGAGGCUCGAAUGCGUGCGCUGCUAUGAGACGAUCUGAGUUUGAAGGGGGGAGCAGUUUGUAAUGAAGAAUGGGAGGUG